AGUCAAGCAAACACAUCGAUGCAAAUGCAGGCAGCCAUAAGCAUGAAGAUGGGCUUGAGCAACAUCUCUUCACCCUCGCACCUACAACGGCUACUUUUCUUGGCCUCUGGAAUCAAUCACAGGAAAAUCAUCAAUUCAGCUUCAAUCAAUAAAAAUGCAAGAAUUAAUUCGAAGAAUUUCCACAGUUCCAUGUCUGUCUCAGCUAGCUAUGAUGACAAUGUUGAUGCUACUCCUUCCCCCCCUUCUUCUUCUUAUCAAGCCGAAAAGCUCAGGAAACUUCUGGGCUCCCCGGGGAUUCAUCUGGGCCCGGCUUGUUUCGAUGCUCUGAGUGCUAAGCUGGUGGAGCAAGCUGGCUUUGAUUUCUGCUUCACUACUGGUUUUGGAAUAUCGGCUGCUCGGUUGGCGCUGCCAGACACAGGACUAGUUUCCUAUGGGGAAAUGGUGGAUCAAGGAGAGCAAAUUACACAAGCUGUAUCAAUACCCAUCAUUGGGGAUGGUGAUAACGGAUAUGGUAAUGCCAUCAAUGUCAAAAGAACUGUGAAGGGAUAUAUAAGAGCAGGAUUUGCUGGAGUUAUUCUUGAAGAUCAGGUCUCUCCAAAAGCUUGUGGCCAUACCCGUGGCAGGAAAGUUGUGUCAAGAGAGGAAGCAGUCAUGAGGAUAAAAGCUGCCGUUGAUGCUAGAAAAGAAAGUGGCUCUGAUAUUGUCAUAGUUGCACGAACUGAUUCCCGACAGGCAGUGUCUGUAGAAGAGUCACUUUGGAGAUCACGUUCUCUGGCUGAUGCUGGAGCUGAUGUUCUAUUUAUUGAUGCACUUGAAUCAAAAGAAGAAAUGAAGGCCCUUUGUGAAGUUUAUCCACUUGUCCCCAAAAUGGCCAAUAUGCUUGAAGGAGGAGGGAAGACACCAAUUCUCAGUCCUAUGGAACUCGAGGAAAUUGGAUACAAGCUUGUGGUAUAUCCACUUUCCUUGAUGGGAGUAUCUAUUCGUGCGAUGCAGGAUGCCCUCACAGCUAUUAAAGGAGGACGGAUGCCAUCUCCUGGAAGUAUGCCGUCCUUCGAAGAAAUUAAGGACAUACUAGGGUUUAACAAGUACUAUGAAGAAGAGAAACGUUAUGCAACCAACAUUUCUCAACUUACUUCACAAAGCGGUUAUUCUUCGGCAAGCAGCGAUACAUACAGUACUCAACAAAUUUCUGAAGGUGAUAAAGACCAGAAAAAUCAAAGUGUACAAGAUCCUGUGGUUGAAGUAUUCACUCCUGAAGUGUAUAAUAAAUAUGCUGCAGAUAAUUCUAGCGGUCCAUUUUCAGGGAUCUGGUCAAUAAAGUUGAGAGUUAAAAUUACUGGACGUGAUGGGUUUGAGAAGCUUGAUAUCCAAAUUCCUGCUGGAUUCUUGGAAGGAAUAACCAAUAUAGUUCCAGCGUUGGGGGGUAUCAACAUCAAAGCGCUCUUGGAUGAUGCUGAUGGAGGAGGUGGCAAAGUUUUACUAGAUUUCAAAGACAGGAUGGGUGAUAGGAUUCAAGUCUUUUUGGAAUAAAGACAUGAAAUUCAUUCUUUAAAGCCUUGGGCAGUUGGCUAUCAGCAUUGCUGCAUUAAUUGUUGGCUUGUAUCUUGCUAGAAUCUCAGCUUCCACAAGAGAAUGCACGUGUGAUUUGUGUGUCCCGUUCAAUAGCUUCGCAUUUUUAUCGUACGAGUUUGCAAGGUCAGAGAUCAUCCUGCGCAGAAGAUUUCUUCUGAAGACGAAAAUUAUCGAUACUCCUCUACUCAUGAAGUAUUCUAGUAUUUCUUCAUGAUGCAGCAUUACACCCUGAUUAAGCAUCCACUUCAAUCCAACAGCAGCAGUGCACUCAUUCUUGGAAGCACUAGUCAAGAAAUCUAGAUUGUAGAGUUUGUCUAAAGUUUCAACUAUAGUUGAAGCAUUAGCUCUCCGGGGUUUGACAGAGAAGAUCUCCCCAUUAGAGCUUAUGUUGAUAUGACUGUUCAACAAUGUUUCAAACCAUCCGCUCCCUGAUCUUUGCAUGGAGAGAAUAGCAAAAUAUCGAACAGGAUUGCAUUCACA